UUAAUUCAGUUAAUUAUUUUUUAUAUUUUUGGCAAUUAUAAUUAAAAGUAUCGUAUUGUGGGCGUGGCUUAGUGGGGUGGUGGAGUGGGUGAUAGGGGGGAGAGGUGGCGUGGGUGCGGCUUCGUGCUUCGAGGCGCGCGAUCUGUGUGUCAGUCGUGUGAGCACCGCCGACGAGUAAGCAUCUAUUCCCGGAUACUCUGCCCGUCGCAGUACAGGACGAACAUCGAAACUCUGGAAAACUUUUUUGCGGCACAUAUGCCGCUUCUACAGGAGGAUAAUAGCCGCGGCGGCGGCUCGGGCGAGACCUGUCGCUCCCUCGCGGACUUCCUCGGUCUGGACACUACUUCCCUGACCGACCCCGCCGCCGCGCCCGCCUUGCUCGACCGCAACAAUAGGUCGUUUUGGAAAUAUGAGUGUGGUGGCGACGGUAGCAUGUGGCGCUGGGGUGAGGAGCCUGGCAGCCCGGAGGCGGCGCAGACGCCCGGCGGCCUCGUGCCGCCCAACUGCUUCCCGCCAAAACAUCCCACUGCUUUCGCGAGCUACAGCGAGAGCGCGCACCCCGGCGCCCUGUGGACCGAAGAGUCCACCUCCAGCCUCGGCAUUACGGACCUUGUUACCUCCUUAAAGGCCCUGGCGAUGCCGUCGGCGCCGGUGCCGCUGGCGUCGCCACUUGGCUGCGAGCGCCUCGAGCGUGACAAGUGCUGGACCCGGGAGCGUAAGAACAAGAACUCCAGGGAGAGGAGAGCUGCUUUGUUGCCGAGGAGGGCGUCGUUCUGUGGCGUGGUCCCAAGUGGUCGCAAUGGAGACGAGGUUCUCUGCUGGGCCGGCAAGCUGCCGCCGCGUUGCUCCGACCCUCGCGGCGGCUACAGUUCCAAGGUGUUCCUCGGCGGCCUGCCCUGGGAUAUCUCUGAAAUCGAUCUGCUGCACACGUUAAAGCACUUUCAACCUUUACGCGUGGAGUGGCCCGGUCGCGAGUACGGCGGCGCGUCGGGCGCGGGCGGCGGCGCGGGCGCGUCGGGCGCGUCGGAGGCGCCGCGCGGCUACGCGUACGUCACGUUCGACAGCGAGCGCCGCGUGCGCGCGCUGCUGGCCGCCAGCCGCCGCGACAACACCGACUGGUACUACCGCAUGGGCUCGCGCAAGAUGCCCAGCAAGGAGGUGCAAGUGAUCCCGUGGUCGCUGUCGGACUCCAACUGGGUGGUGGGCGGGUCAGUCCGGCUGGAGCCGAGCCGCACGGUGUUCGUGGGCGCGCUGCACGGCAUGCUCAGCGCCUCCGCGCUCGCCACCAUCAUGGAGGACCUGUUCUCUGGAGUCGUUUAUGCUGGUAUAGACACGGAUAAGCACAAGUACCCGAUCGGGUCAGGCCGCGUGACGUUCGACAACGUUCGCUCGUACGUGCGCGCGAUAUCCGCCGCCUACAUAGAGAUACAGACCGACAAGUUCACUAAGAAGAUCCAAGUGAACCCGUAUCUGGAGGACUCUAUGUGCUCGAUGUGCAACCUGCAGCAGGGGCCGUACUUCUGCCGCGAACCGACUUGUUUUGGCUACUUCUGCCGUUCGUGUUGGUCCUGGCAGCACUCGACGCAGAACCACAAAGCUCUGAUGCGCAACUCGAAGGGCCCCGCGUCCAAGGCUCCCCUGCCGCAGUCGCCGCAUGCCUCGCCCAGCGACGGCAGCAUCUUCAACGGGAUGGCAGGCCAUGCUAAUGAGGCGAGCUGUGCCAGCGUGGCGAGCGGUACGAGCGGGUCGAGCGGCACGAGCGAGGCGGGCGGCGGCGACGACGAGGCCCGCUAGCUGCGCCCCACUGUUGUCGACCCGCUAUUAAGUUCGGCGCUUCGCCAACCAAACAGCCAACCUUCUGACCAGAUGUACGUACUCUAAUGUGUGGGAAAUACUCCUUUAAGUGACGUCAUUUUCAACCAAAAACGUCCUUUUCCGAUUUGAGUAACAAAUUGAUUUACAUAGUACAGUUCAAUCGCUUUCAUGCUGUCCUUGUGAUUUUUCUUGAUAGUGACAAAGACUACAUGAUAUUUAAAGGCGACUUAUUGCUACGUCGUUGUUAAAUACCGCUGUAAAUUACAAUAGUUUUUUCACUUGUUGAUUUGAUAUUAUAAAUAAUGGCAACUUAAGGUAUAUUAUUAAAACUACUUUUUUUAAAUAUACAUGGUAUUUAGCGUAAGUUUUCUUCGGUUUCGAAUCUGAAUAGCAACUUCAUAUAUAAAUAUAUCACAGUACGAGAUUCUAGGCUGAAGGAGGAUAUUGUAAAUUUACCUUGAACAAUUAAGAUGGCCACACAUUCGAGUACUUAGUUUUCCGGUAGAGUUGAUUCCAAUCAUUCCAAUUGAUUAUUGAAUUAUGUAAAUUUUAGGAAAAUAUUUUCGUUAUUUUAAUAUUACCGUUGUUACUCGAGUAAUAUUGAGUUUUUUUAGCAUUCGCUAUGAAAUACCUUGUAUACGUUUUUAUUUGUUUUAGCACUAGCUAUCGAAUGUUUUGUAAACUUUACUAGUUAAUCCUUUACUAUAUUUAGUAUGUAAUACGCCAUCAGCGUAGAGAUGUUCCUUAGAAAGUUUUACGUAUGUGCCUACUAGAAUUAGGUGAUUUUAAAACAAUUUUAAUAAUGUGCCUCCUAGUAGUAGCCGUUGGCUCUUAUUUUAAACAUUUUAAAUGGGCUUUUAAAAUGUAUAAUCGUGAUUUUAAUAUUUUAGAACGUUCAUAAUCUGAAAUAUGUUGAUUUUAUCUCGAAUCGCUUGUUUGAUUUUAAACUAUACAAAAUAUACUGUUAUUGCAAAUAUGUGACUUUCUUUUGUUCUCCCUAAAACCUUUGAGUUCAUAAUUAUGGUUAAAAAUCGUAAGUAUCUUGAUCGAAGUAGAUUGAAAGACAAUAUUAAUAAACUUAAGUUUUAUUUAAAUAGCAUAUUAUUUACAAUAAGUAAAUUACACAUGAUGCCAAGACGAAAGUAUAAUAUACAAUCUUUCAGAGCUCUAAUGAUAUUCUAUUUGUUAAGAUACUUAUAAAAGGAAAACUAGCCAAGGACAUAAAUGUUUACCUUUUUUCUAAGUACCGAUACAAAUGGAGUAUAGUGGCGACCACUUUACGACAUGCUAUACUGCACUGGGAAUUACGCAACACGAACUAAGGCUCAAUUCAUAGUAGUACUUCAUAGCAAAUUCGCCCUUAUCUACACUGUGUAAUGCACAAAUUCCUUAAGCGUCUUUAGCCCGCGAAUUGUUGAAUGCGCGUGCGAAUAUAAACACUACUCGGUUGAAAUAAGGGUGAAUAUUCAUGUCCGUAUGGAUUGAGGAGCCACUUUCGAUUUAAAAAGGAAGCUCGCCCCCUUAUUUAGUAGGAAAGUAAAU